CAGGAAACAGCCUGUUUUCACUUCACCCACAUCACAUCAUCAACUACAGAGCAAGCGCAACAUCUCAACACACACAGGGUCUCUCUGUCUCCCCUUUCUAUCCACACAGAACGGGAAUAACGUCAUGGGCAACGUGCAGCCCACCGUCUUCCCAAAAGAGGACUUUGAUGUCACAGCUGAUAUCAAAGCUAUCAGAAAAGCAUGUAAAGGUUUAGGCACAGAUGAAGAGAGCAUCAUUCAUAUCCUGGCCAAUCGUUCAUCAGCUCAACGUGUGGAGAUCAAACAGGCCUACUUUGAAAAAUAUGACGAUGAGUUGGAGGAGGUCCUCAAAGGCGAGCUGACUGGGAGCUUUGAGAAAGCCGUCAUGGCCAUGUUGGACCCUCUUGAUAUUUUCUUCGCCAAGGAGCUGAAGAGGGCCAUGAAGGGGGCGGGGACAAACGAAGCGGUGCUCAUAGAGGUCCUGUGUACGGCCACCAAUGAGGACAUCAUGAGGUACAAGGAGGCCUAUGUGCAGGUGCAUGGGUGUGACUUGGAGGCGGACAUCGAGGGGGACACCAGUGGAGAUGUGAGGAAUCUGCUGAUGGCACUGCUGCAGGCGAGCAGAGACGAGGGCUAUGAGGUGGAUGAGGGUUUAGCCGAACAGGAUGCCGUAUCUUUGAUUGAGGCAGGAGAAGGCAGAUUUGGCACAGACGAGUCCACCUUCAACUUCAUCCUGACUCACAGGAACUAUCUGCAGCUUCAGGCCACCUUUAAGUUCUAUGAGUCGCUUUCAGGAACAGACAUUUUGGACGCCAUUGACUCUGAGGCAACGGGGACUCUAAAGGAGUGCUACAUCACUCUGGUCCGGUGUGCUAAAAACCCUCAGCUGUAUUUUGCCCGGCGCCUCAAUGCCGCCAUGAAGGGAGCGGGCACUGAUGAAGACACGCUCAUUCGUGUCAUUGUGGGACGCUCUGAGUUCGACCUGGAGACAGUGAAGGACAUGUACCUGGAGAAAUACGACGUCACCCUGAAAGACGCUCUGGACUCCGACUGUGGAGGAGACUUCAAACCCUCCUCAUUGAGCUCCUACAUUAAAAACAUCUCACCUUCCCCCUGCAGGCCUUAUUUAACCAACAUUACACAUUCUGCAGCCAAUUAUCCUUCAUCCCCCUCCUCCUCAUUAUUCCCCUUUUACUCUGUGACAUCAUUCCCUUUGUGGACGUCUUUCUAUCAGUCCUCUCACAUCUUCAUCUCUCUCUCAGUUCUCUCUGCAGCAUGAACCAAAAACAUCUAAGUACUAUAUAACCAUAUUUUACACAUGGUGAUUUUACAUUUACAGUCUUUAAAUACAUAGCUGUGCCAAGUAUUACUCAUCCAAAUGGAAUUGAUACCACUGUGAGGCCUCUGUUUCUCAACAUGUGUAGCCUCUUAUGUUUAUCACUUUAUUUAUUUAUCUUAACAUCAAUUAACUCCACCACUCUUGGCCUCAAAAAUACCUUUCAUAAAAUGAUAACGAUGCAGUUUCCUUUUUGCUGCACCACUUCAGUGCUGAAUCAUCACUUCAAUUGAAUUGUGUUAAAUAUAAGUCUUUAAAUACAAAGUAUUGUUUUUUUAUAGUCACAUCCCUUUCAUAGUCCUAAGGGAUUUUUAACUCAGACGGUGUUUGGUCUUAUUACAAGUCACAGCUAACGUGCUGCCUUUCACAUUCACACUUUUUUAAAACAUAGCUGCUGUUCUCCUGAAGUCACUCAACCAUUACAUUGACGUACUCUCAGAAACACAAUUUUCAUAAUGAUUUUGUAAAACUUUUAGAUCAUGAUGAAUUAAACUCAAGUGACUACUUGGGCAUUAGCCACAUGCUAUUUUGUCCCUUUAGGUGCACUAUAGGUAAGCCACCCCAGCGUGUCUCUGUAGUCACAGUGAUGGAAAAGAACGCCCCGGCACGCUGCGUCUUUGAAUGACUUCAAAAAAGUCUCAUUUGACUAUUUAAAAACGCACAGACAGCACAGGUAACGAGUCAAAAGGUGUAUCAACCUCAAGACAUCAAACAUUCCACUAUUUUGCAUCCGCUUCAUCCUCUACCGGCACUUCUUCAUUUAUUUCAAAAUAAAAACAGGGUUGUAUCCGAACAGGACGUUGAUUACCUUAUCUUAGGACCAUACAAAAAUCCAAAAUUAAAGCAUAAAACCUGUUUUGAAACGCAAACAAAUAAUUGAAUUUCAAACAUGCAAUUAAAAACCUGAUUCUAAUGUACUGAAAAUCAGCGAUUAAUUGAGAUUAAAAUAUUUAAUUGUUACAGAGUCAGAUGACUUUAUUAAUCUCAGCAGGGUAAUUCAGUGUAACGGCAUUGUGAGUGAUUAAAUGAGUUUAACAGCCCUGAUGAUGACAGUUAUAUUUAAAAAAUCUUGCUCUUUAACCUCUGAACUACAAUCACAGAUAAAUGACACACACUCUGCAUUCAUGAAUCAUAUCUGAACUAGUUUAAUUUCAAACCAAUGUUACCCUUAUAUUAAUAAAUAUCAUGUAUGUUUGUGUUGUCAAAUAGUAAAUAAAUACUCUAAAUAUAUGAAGGAAGUUAUUGUUAACCUGUUGGCAUUAAAUAUAUGUUGCAUAUGUAUGCUGUGAUAAAUUUGAACUCUAACAAAAAA